CGUCAUACAUAUUACAUUGAUAUAGCGGACAAAGUAGUUUAAACAAGAAAUAUGCAAGUUUCAAACGAUAUUGACUAUACGACUUAAUUGCGUCUAUCGACGUUAUUUAACGUUGUUAUAUAAGUAUUGUUUCUAUAAAAAAAGUUGGAUUUAUUCACCAAAAUGGAUCGAUUUCUUCCAGAGUUCUUAAUACCUUUAUUAAGUGCAUUUCUUCUGUUUACCCGGAUUACAGCGCAGUGCAAUGAUACGAUGAUUGAUUCUGAAAAAGGCCAGCAUUCAGUGUCCCUGACAUUAUACCGAGCCCAACCGAGUGACUUCGCAACAGCUGCCUUUAAAACGUCAGUUGCCGAAGUCGCCAACUCGAAAUGCACCACGGAUUCCAUGAAUUGUAAUCUGAAUACUUGUUGCAGCUUCACUAGUGCCCACAUUGAAGUUUACAACCUACUGGCUAAAGAGAAGGACAUGACCUUGACCCUUCACAUUGAAAUACCAACCGGUGCAAGUGGUACAAAUACACUUUGCCUUGUGGAAGUACAGUUUCUGAAAACGAUCAUGGAAUCCGCCCGCGAGUCAGUUCACAGUUCUACGGACCGCUGGAUCACCUAUAUAGACACGGAGUUUUACGGUAUACCCCCUCCAACUACAGUGAACCGGAUUGUCAUUCCAAUAGUGUGUCUUCUUACAACAUUACUGGGCAUUGUCACCAUCGUCCUGAAGAAUGUGAGCGAUCGACGCGAUGCAGAAGAGAGACGUCUCAGGAUUCUAGAACGCCGGAAGCAGUCAUUGCGCGCGUCUAAGUCGUCACGCCCUGGUAGCGAAACGUCCGCUCAGAGAGACGGACGAAGGAAAGAGCAUUCGGCAUCGUCAACGUCACCAAAGAAGCUGAAGAAGAGAACCAGUAAAUCCAGCAAUGAAUCGAGACCGAUAAGCGAAGACCCCGCCCACAAGUAUGUGUCCAAUGACAAGCUUUCAAGCAAGGUGACGUCAGCAAAGAUCACUGUCAAUCAUGAUGAACCGACCAAUGAGAAAAAAGCUGACGAGAGAAAAGAGGCAGAGAGAUAUUCCGGAUUCGUUGCAGGACAGGAAUCCUACAACCCUGUGCACGUGCCUUUUCCUGAGCCCAAGGACAAGCCAAAGAUCCAUCUUGAACCGGUCAGGGUCGAACAAAGAGAGGAAAGCGUGUCAGAUGGCAAGAGCAAGUCUAAGAAAAAGAAGAAAAGUAAAAAGAGAGGCUCCGCAAGUUCGAGCGGGACGGAAAAGGCCGCGUUUAAGGAGAUGAUUACCAACAUCACCAAGAAAAGGGAUUUUCUCUCAAAACUAAGCAGCAAAUACUGAACGACAAGAUGUUGAAUCCCAGUGCACAAGAGGACAUAUCAGAUAUUUUUGUUUGAAACAUGUCAUUUACCCCAGCAGGCAAUACAUGUAGUUAUUAUUAAAAACUGGUUACAGCUUUGGUUAUCGUUAGCCAAAAUAUUCAUUCAUUGGUCAAUAUUUAUUCGAAAAUUAAUAUUAGCCAAUGAAAUCAUUUUCAUGUGAGCAUGUCAUUUACUCCAGCAGCCAAUUGUAUACAACUGGUUAAUUAUUUGGUUUGGAUCAAGUUAGCCAAAAUAUAAAUUCAUUGGUCAAUAUCUAUUCAAAAAUAUAAUAAAAGCCAAUGAAAUCAUUUCAAUGUGACCAUGAGGUUUACUCCAGCAGCCAAUUGUAUAAAACUGGUUAUGACUUUGGUUUAGUUAACGAUAGGCAAAAUAUUCAUCCAUUGGUCAAUAUUUAUCCAAAAAUUAAUAUUAGCCAAUGAAAUCAUUUCAAUGUGACCAUGAGGUUUACUCCAGUAGCCAAUUGUAUAAAACUGGUUAUGACUUUGGUUUAGUUAACGAUAGCCAAAAUAUUCAUCCAUUGGUCAAUAUUUAUCCAAAAAUUAAUAUUAGCCAAUGAAAUCAUUUCAAUGUGACCAUGAGGUUUACUCCAGCAGCCAAUUGUAUAAAACUGGUUAUGACUUUGGUUUAGUUAACGAUAGCCAAAAUAUUCAUCCAUUGGUCAAUAUUUAUCCAAAAAUUAAUAUUAGCCAAUGAAAUCAUUUCAAUGUGCCAUGUGAUUUACCCUAGCAGCAAAUAAUAUAUAUAACUGGUUUAGUUAACGAUAGCCAAAAUAUUCAUCCAUUGGUCAAUAUUUAUCCAAAAAUUAAUAUUAGCCAAUGAAAUCAUUUCAAUGUGCCAUGUGAUUUACCCUAGCAGCAAAUUAUAUAUAACUGGUUAGGUCAUUGGUUUGUUCCAAGUUUGCCAAAAUAAUCAUUCAUUGGUAAAUCUUUAUCUGAAAAUUAAUAUAAGCCAAUCAAAUCACUAAAUCGACCAAACUAAUCUGAAGUUGACCUUUAGACAACUUAACCAGGCUUUAUAAAAAUGGCUGCAGGUGUUUUUUUCUUGUGAGUGCAUCAAAAUCAGUCAUAUAUAUACACUGAUUUUUUUAAAAGCUUUUUGGCAUUAUUAAAAUUACAUUUCCAUCAUUCAAAAACCAAAAUUGAGUUUGAUCUAGAUUCAGCUUGUUUCCAUUACAAUAGUAAUGCAGAUUUUUCAUUAAACUAGUGCUUUUAUUGUAGUUUAUAAAUUGUAUAGAAAAACAGAAACUACUUUUUUCAUGUUUUAUUUUUUUCAAUGGGUAAAAUAUGUAUGCAUAUGAUAUUCUUUGUCAUGUGUUUUAAGUCAUUGGUUAUGUAUUGUAUUGUGACAAAUAAAUUUUAAACAUUC